AUGAGUCCACCAUCAGCUACUGAAGUUUAUGUGGAAUAUCAAUUUAUUACUUCAGAAGUUCCUGGAGGUUAUUUUGGUUCAGAAUUUAACGACUAUUUUAGUGUGGUUUUGCGCUCAGAAACAGGACAAUAUGUUAUGAAAACUGAUAGUAUGAAUGGUCUUGGUCUCGGAGCGUUUGAAUAUAGUACAGGUGCUACGCAAUGGUAUAGACUUAAUUUAACAGUGGGUCCUGUACCCGAACAGAUUCGAUUAGACGUCAAUGUAGCUAAUGUUGGCGAUGGUUAUUUAGACUCGAAAGUGAAUGCUCGUCUUAUUGGAGCUGAGGAAUGUGCUCCUUGUGAGCAAGCUUGUUCCAAUUGCACUUCAGAACCCAUGUGUCGUGGAACAUGUGUGAAUCCACCAAUAAACAGUUGCUUGUUUUAUCGUGAGUAUCGAUUAAAAUCAAUUACCUCGGAGGAAAUCGAUUUUAAUCCAUUAUUACCUGUUACUGGUGUCAUCUAA